AUGAUAGUAUCCUCCAUGGCAGAGCAGACCGAGAAUCAUCAGAAUGGAUCGGACGGACCAUUCCACCCGUUCGCUGAUGCAUUCUCGUACUUGACUGAAGUGAUCCACGACAUGUGCGAGGAAGAUCUCAUACAGGGGGCUCGCGAUGUGACAAAUCUCUUUCACGGCCAGCAUAUAGAAGCAUUCCGGUACCUGAAGAUGAAUCCCAUCUCGUGUGGGAUCAAGCUCUACGCCAUCAAAGCCUUGUACCGCCAUCUCGCCCUCGAAUUUGUCAAUUGCCGCUCCGACUCGAUCCUGACUUGUGCUCAUCUGCACAAUGCUUUGAUUCAGGAAGGGUAUAUGCAAGGUCGGUGGCGAGACAUGGAAUUUGUCCACAGGGCACAGGAUGAAUCGAACAUGUACGCAGGUGCGGCUCCCAAAAGCACAGACGAUUACUACAAGCGCUUUUCCUUGGCCGUCCUUGGCUUUUCCGUCACCAACUUCGCCCGGAAUCGUAGGAGACCCCAUAACAUUGCCCUCAAAGCGAACGGACAUAGGGUCUUGGAGAAGCGAACUCCCGUUUCCGACGCGUUCUUCAUGCAGUACUGCUUCCAGCAAGACCGGAAGAAUCUCAGUGCACAAGAGUUACUGGACGUCCUGGGCACGAGCAAGCGGAAAGCCAUGGUGGGAGCUUUGGAGGGCGAGGAGGCGCUCAUGUGUGACAUUGCGAUCCCCAAGGAUUUACCACGAGAGCCGAAAGCGUCGAAAAAGGCCCGCCGCGCUGUCACCCCAGACAUCAGCCCCGCAGGUGCUCUCUGUAAGCUGCGCCGAUCUCUGGAGGGGGAAUCUCUCGAGCUCUCGCUCGAUUACAUGAUGAUGCACCGCCUGUGCACGCGGGUCCUUUUCUCCGUCCGAGACGCAGUGGCGACGCAGAUGCAAGACCUCUACGGAACAGUGCCCAGACAAGAACGAGGUCUCCCCAUGGUUGUGAUGUUCAUUCUGAGUACCCUGGUGACAGGGAAAGCCAAGUCCAAGGUGAAUAUCCUGCCGUUCCGCAAGGACGGGUAUCAAGGCGUUGGAGAGGAUCUCAUGCGCAAAGCAGCUGCUGCGGUCGUGGAGGUGACUUCCAAGAAGCAGGAUCAACGGGGAUGCAUUCCUGGGACGGAGCUCACGCACGGAGAGAUCGUCAUUGCAAGAGCCCACAGGUUUACGGGAUGGGUAUACCACAUUCACCACAAGGACAUGGAGUAUUGA